GAAGUAAUAGUCCUCCAUUGGGUCAACGAAACCGCGACGCAAUAACUUUAGUUUUCCACAGAAGACGUAACCAUGCCGCCGGGGCCUGUUCAAAUUGUUCAGCCGGAGUCCAACAACAAGAAUGAUGCAGGAGUUGAAGACACCCCAGCCACUAAACCCAUUGUCGGCAUCAUAUACCCACCCCCUGAGGUCCGAAAUAUAGUUGACAAGACAGCCAGCUUCGUUGCCAGAAACGGGCCUGAGUUUGAAGCAAGAAUCCGUCAGAAUGAGAUCAACAAUCCAAAGUUUAAUUUCCUCAACCCUAAUGACCCCUACCAUGCCUACUACCGUCACAAGGUCAAUGAAUUCAAGGAGGGCAAGGCACAGGAGCCGUCUGCAGCAGUGCCUAAGGUUAUGCAACAGACCAUGCAGCAGUCCCAACAGCUUCCUCAAAAAGUGCAGUCACAGGUGAUUCAAGAGACCAUUGUUCCCAAAGAACCCCCUCCUGAGUUUGAGUUCAUUGCAGAUCCUCCAUCAAUCUCAGCAUUUGAUCUGGAUGUUGUCAAGCUCACUGCCCAGUUUGUUGCUCGCAAUGGCCGCCAGUUUCUCACUCAGCUCAUGCAGAAAGAACAGAGGAACUACCAGUUUGACUUCCUACGGCCACAGCACAGCCUUUUCAACUACUUCACCAAACUGGUUGAGCAGUACACAAAGAUUCUGAUCCCUCCCAAAGGUCUACUGGCCAAGCUAAAGAGAGAGGCUGAGAAUCCAAGAGAGGUUAUGGACCAGGGCAGGUACCGUGUUGAGUGGGCAAAGUUCCAAGAGCGUGAGAGGAAGAAGGAGGAGGAGGAAAGAGAGAAAGAACGGGUGGCGUACGCCCAAAUCGACUGGCAUGACUUUGUAGUGGUUGAGACGGUGGAUUUCCAGCCCAACGAACAAGGCCACUUCCCGCCACCUACAACACCGGAGGAGCUUGGCGCUCGCAUCCUGAUCCAAGAGCGCUACGAGAAGUACGGAGAGAGUGAGGAGGUGGAGAUGGAGGUUGAGAGUGAGGAUGAUGAUGAUGACCGGGAGGACCGUAACGAAGGCCACCCCUCACAACCUGAUCAAGACACACAAUUGCAGGACAUGGAUGAGGGAUCUGAUGAUGAGGAUGACGGCCUAAAGGCUCCACUGCCACCAGACAAUCCUAUGCCACCCCCACUGCCUCCAACUCCAGACCAGGUUAUUAUUCGCAAAGACUACGACCCCAAAGCUUCCAAGCCUCAGACCUCAGUUGCAGUUCCCGAUGAGUACCUCAUCUCACCAAUUACUGGUGAGAAGAUCCCAGCCAGUAAGAUGCAAGAGCACAUGCGUAUUGGUCUGCUGGAUCCACGCUGGCUGGAGCAGAGAGACCGCAGCAUCAGAGAGAGGCAGACCGAAGAUGAAGUCUAUGCUCCAGGUUUGGAUAUCGAGAGCAGCUUGAAACAACUAGCUGAGAGGCGUACUGAUAUCUUCGGUGUGGAAGAGACGGCCAUCGGUAAGAAGAUUGGGGAAGAAGAAAUCCAGAAGCCAGAGGAGAAGGUUACUUGGGAUGGCCACUCUGGAAGCAUGGCUCGCACCCAGCAGGCAGCACAGGCCAACAUCACCCUGCAAGAGCAGAUCGAAGCCAUUCACAAGGCCAAAGGUUUGGUGGGAGAGGACGAUACGAAGGAGAAAAUCGGCCCAAGCAAGCCCAGUGAAAUUCAUCACCAGCCUCCCAUGCCCUCAUCUGCAGCCAUUCUGCCUAAACCCAGUCCACCAGUCACAGCGGUGCCCCGCCCACCCUCCACUUUGGCACCUCCAGUGCGCACCACUCUCCUGUCUGCUGUACCCGUCAUCCCGAGGCCGCCCGUCGCUCCUGUGGUGCGCCUUGCACCAGGACAAGUUAUAACACCCAUGCCUCCCAUGAUUCCUGCUCCCCGCAUCAAUGUGGUCCCCAUGCCACCAUCAGCACCUCACAUUAUGGCCCCCAGACCACCUCCCAUGGUUGUUCCAGCCGCGUUUGUCCCUGCUCCUCCAGUACCACAACCCCCGAGCUCUGCUCCUGCCCCGCCGGCCCACCCACCCCCACCUCAUGAGGAUGAGCCAGUCAGCAAGAAGAUGAAGACGGAGGACAACCUUAUUCCAGAGGAGGAGUUCCUUCGUAGAAAUAAGGGUCCCGUGGCAGUUAAAGUGCAGGUGCCUAACAUGCAGGACAAGACUGAAUGGAAGCUGAACGGCCAAGUGCUGAACUUCACUGUUCCACUCACAGAUCAGGUGUCUGUCAUCAAAGUCAAAAUCCAUGAAGCUACAGGCAUGCCAGCAGGGAAACAGAAGUUACAGUAUGAGGGCAUUUUCAUUAAGGAUUCCAACUCCCUGGCUUAUUAUAACAUGAGCAAUGGCUCAGUGAUUCACUUGGCACUGAAGGAGAGAGGUGGAAGAAAGAAGUAAACCAUGCAGCAGCAGCAAGGUUGCGGGAUGUUUUGUCUCUCCCUCCUGUCAUGUUAUUUUAGUUUCAUGACAUUUUUUUCAGAAUUGUGCUUUUCUCACAACAUUGUGUGAAGAGUAUGAUUUUUUUUCUUAAAUGUUUCUCAGCAUGCUAAACAAAGUAUACUGUACGCUGCCUGGCAGGCAUGGCUUCACACUAUUGUUUAAGCUCUUGAUUUGUUUAUGAUGAUCGACCGUAUUGGUAACUUGUAAGAAAAAGUAGAGACCCACAAUGUCCAUCCAUUUAAAUAAAGGAAUAAAAA